AUGGCCCUAAUGGAAAUCCGUACGAUGGCCCAAAUAGGAUUCCGUACGAUGACCCAAAAAGGAUUCCGUACGAUGACCCUUAUAGGAUUCCGUACGAUGACCAAAAAAGGAUUCCGUACGAUGACCCUUAUAGGAUUUCGUACGCUGACCCUUAUAGGUGUCCGUACGAUGACCCUUAUAGGAUUCCGUAUGAUGACCCAAAUAGUAUUUCGAACGAUUGGCUCAAAUAGGAUUCCGUACAAUGACCCAAAAAGGAUUCCGUACGAUGACCCAAGUAUGAAUCCAAACAAUGACCCAAAUAAGAUUCCGAACGAUAACCCAAAUAGGAUUCCGUACACUGACUCAAAUAGGAUUCCAUACAAUGACUCAAAUAGGAUUCCAUACACUGACUCAAAUAGGAUUCCAUACAAUGACUCAAAUAGGAUUCCGUACACUGACUCAAAUAUGAUUCCAUACACUGACUCAAAUAGGAUUCCGUACACUGACUCAAAUAGGAUUCCAUACACUGGCUCAAAUAGGAUUCCAUACACUGACUCAAAUAGGAUUCCGUACACUGACUCAAAUAGGAUUCCAUACAAUGACUCAAAUAGGAUUCCGUACACUGACUCAAAUAGGAUUCCAUACAAUGACUCAAAUAGGAUUCCAUACAAUGACUCAAAUAGGAUUCCGUACACUGACUCAAAUAGGAUUCCAUACAAUGACUCAAAUAGGAUUCCGUACACUGACUCAAAUAGGAUUCCAUACAAUGGCUCAAAUAGGAUUCCGUACACUGACUCAAAUAGGAUUCCAUACAAUGACUCAAAUAGGAUUCCGUACACUGACUCAAAUAGGAUUCCAUACAAUGGCUCAAAUAGGAUUCCAUACGAUGAUCAAAUAGGAUUCUUACGAUGA